UUUCAUACAAUUAUAAAAUAAGAACAAUUAUGACAUUUGCUGAUUUAAAUUUAAGCUUAUGGCUUGUCCAACAAUGUACUUUUAUGGGUUUAAAAUAUCCCACAUCAAUCCAACAAAAUUGUAUUCCAAGAAUUCUAGCUGGUGAUGAUUGUAUUGGCUGUGCAAAAACUGGCAGUGGCAAAACACUUGCUUUUGCACUUCCUAUAUUACAAAAAUUGUCUGAAGAUCCAUAUGGUAUAUUUGCGCUUGUUUUAACACCAACUAGAGAACUUGCUUUCCAAAUUGCAGAUCAAUUUUCAGCAAUAGGAAAAUCUAUUGGUUUAAAAAAAUGUGUAAUUGUUGGUGGUAUGGAUAUGGUUAUACAAGGUUUAGAAUUAUCAAAACAUCCACAUAUAGUUGUUGCAACUCCAGGACGUUUAGCAGAUCAUCUUGAAAGCUGUAAUACAUUUUCUUUGAAACAAAUUAAGUUUUUAGUCUUAGAUGAAGCUGACAGACUUCUAGAAGGUUACUUUGAUGAUCAGUUGAAAACUAUAUUUGAGGCCUUACCUAAGCAGAAACAAAUGCUUCUUUUUAGUGCUACAAUGACAGAUACUCUUCACAAAGUGAAACACAUAGUAUCCAGUAAGACCUUUAUAUGGGAAUCUAAAGAUGAAUCUGGUAUAGCUACAGUAAAAGAACUUAAUCAACAUUAUGUACUUUGUCCAAGUGAUAUUCGUGAUUCUUUCUUAGUAGAAGUAAUUAGAACUUUUCGAGCAAAUAACAAAAAUGGAUCUAUAAUGAUAUUUACAGAUACUUGCAAACAUUGUCAAAUAUUAUCUAUGACAUUAAAUGAUGUUGGAUUUAAAAAUGUAGCUCUACAUUCAAUGGUAAAACAAAAAGAUCGUUUAGCUGCACUUGUUCAAUUUAAAUCCAAUCAUAUAAAAAUUUUAAUAGCUACAGAUGUUGCAGCAAGAGGUUUAGAUAUUCCUACUGUUGAAUUAGUUAUAAAUCAUAUUAUACCAAAUGUACCAAAAGAAUACAUUCAUAGAGUUGGAAGAACAGCUAGAGCAGGCAAAAGUGGUAUGGCAAUUACUUUAAUAACUCCACAUGAUAUUAAAUUAUUACAUGCAGUUGAAAAUAUUAUUGGUACAAAACUCACAGAAUAUAAAGUCAAUGAUAAAGAAAUAAUUACAAUUUUAACACAAAUAUCUGUUGCUAAACGAGAAGCAGAAAUGAAAUUGGAUGAAACGAAUUUUUAUGAAAAAAAAAUAAUAAAUAAACGUAAAAAACUUAUCCUUGAGGGAAAAGAUCCAGAUGAAAUUGAAGAAAUAUUAGAAAAAAAAAAAUGCUAUAAAUUAGAAAAAAAACAGAAAGUUCCCAAGAAUUCAUAUAAUAAAAAUAAAAUGUGAUUGUAAUUCAGAUUUUAUUAUCAUUGAAAUAUAUAACAUAAUAAGUAAGUGUAUAUAAUAUAAGUAAUAUAAAUUACAAACUAUUUUUGUAAUAAUACAAUAAUAAUGUAAUAAUACAAUUGUAAUAAUACAUGAACAAGAAAAAUAUAUUUUUCUUGUGUAUUGUAUAAUUAAAAUUAUCAUGUUUUAAAAAAUAAUUAUUUUAUAAAAAGAAAAUAAAUAUCAAUGAAU